UUUUGCAGAGUGAUUUCUUCAACUUCUGCCUUGUGAACUACGUUGUCGAAAACAAAUUCUUUAAAGAAGCUGUAGAAGAAGUGAAAUUCAACAGCAGCAUGAAAGAAGCAGCAGCAAUACCAUAUAAUCUCAGAUGUCACGGUCGUGUAGUCGGCGAGCGCUAUUUGAGGCCCAGACAUGUCCAGCUUGAUCAUAGCUCCAACAAACCACUCUCAGUCAAUCAUAACUCCAAGAAACGUCGGUCCAGACGCAGACAAAAGCCUUGUGAUCCCCCUUUACCUGAAUGUGAUAAAGACGAAGAGCCCUCUUUACCUGAAGGUGGUAAAGACGAAAACCCCCCUUUACCUGAAGGUGGUAACGAUGAAAAAAAGGAAAGGAACAUGUUUGUUAAAGGCGCUAAGAGAGGCACUGAACCUGUAGAAGAAUAUCUCAGGCAAAUGAGCAGGUACUUUAUGGAGACUAUGUUUCCGUAUCCAUUAGCUGCAAUGAAACACUACAACUCUGGAUUAAAAGAGGAAGAGCAAUACGAGGUUAUUGAUUAUCGUGAUAAGCUGUGCCGUUAUUUCGGAAAACUUGGCUAUAUACGCCUAAUGCACUUUAUAGCUGAGCCUAAAUAUACUAAAAACAUGCCCAAUGCAUCAGAGGAUACCGCUAAGCACUUUUAUGCCCGGAUGCAUCAAAUGCCUAAUCGUGAAACUCAUGUGGAUUACUGUAAACUGUAUGAAGGACCCCCACAACCUGGUCUCCAUUUUAGCCAAGAAGUCAUUCCCUUGUGCUGUGAAACUUGUGGUCUUAAGGAUUUGAAAGCCCUUGAGUCAAAAUCAAUGGAAUUGAGUGCUGAAGGUGAAGGAAGAAAGGAGGAGUAUUGGAACGGUUAUCACACCUCCACUCCUCCAAAAAUUAUGGUGGCACGCAGAAGAAACCCAGAGGUCUUAGCAGAACAGGUCGCCAGGAGAAAGAGAAAACGUUGAAUGGAUCUUAAAAGAAUUGAACUAAUGUGGAGUCUGUACUCGUCUGUAUGACUGUUCCUUUGGCAAGAUUUCCUUGUAAAGAAUACUUUCUAACUUGAAUACAGAAAUGCUAGCUUAGGUUUUCUAGACUAAGUUUGUGUUUAUAUUUAGGCUAAUUGUGAUA